AUGUUAGAUAAGAAAGCAGACAAGAACCAUACACAUAAAUCCUUCACAACUGUUGCUAUAGAAAGUAUUGAAGGAACGGUUGAAGAAACUGGUGGGGAGGGCGGAGCCCCGCCGCACGCGGCUGCAUUAUAUUGUAAACCUCCUAACUUUCCACAAGGUUUAACAUCGGAUGACGACAUAACGACGAUGAGAAACAUUAGAUGUAAAGAUGUUUAUGUCAUGAAGGAUGAACAUAAUAUUAAAUUCACUGCUCAAGAUUUAUAUGACAAGAAAGCAGACAAGAACCAUACACAUAAAUCCUUCACUACUGUUAGAGCAGACGACAUAAUAUUGAACUUUGACCUUGGUUCAAGUGCACCUUUAGAGAAUCCGAGUACAAGCGUAAAAGAUACUCUUAACAAUUUAGAUAAGAGUUGCAGGAAUACCGAAGAUCAUGCCAGAAACUUUGAAGCAUAUGAACUACCAGCAAUGUUAGACAAGAAAGCAGAUAAAACUUAUGUGGAUGCAGAACUAACAAAGAAAUUUUCGAAACCAGAUACAAUGACAUUUACAACAGAAAUUAUAAAUGGUGAACCAGCAACUCCAUUUGAAUUUGUUAGAGGUCUUCAACCAGAUACUUUUGAAUUUUUCUUGGAUAAUUCUAUUGAACUAACAUUACAUUAUAAAAGUGGAACAAAUGCAACAUUUCAUCCGGGAGAUACAUUCCAAAUGGUAUUUAAUGACAUAAGUUCUUUAGAAUAUGUUUAUAGAGUUAUGAGCAUAUAUGAUUUAAUAUAUCCUAUAGGAGCUGUUUAUACGUCUAUGAAUCCAAUAAAUCCAAACACUUUAUUUGGUGGUA